UUAAAUAUAAAAGAAAGAAAAUAAAUUUUUAAGAAAAAGUAUAAAUCUUUUCAAAGAUAAAAAUAUUAACAAAAUAAAAGUUUUUUUUUCUUAUUAUAAACUUACUAUGAAUUUAAUAAUCCAAUCACAUAAAAUAAGAAUAAAAAUUAAACUAAGAAUUUCUUCAACUAUUAUAAUUUGUAAUCAACUAAUAUAAUUAUAACAGCAUUAUAAAUAUACAAAAUGUCUAAAUAUGAAGAUUUAAUGCAAGCUAUUGCAUGCCUGAGUAAAAAUAUUUGUAAUUUUCCAAUUGGAGCAGUCUCUAUAGAAGAUUUUAAACCAAUUGAAGAAAAAAUUAGAACUACUCGAGAGUCAUUGAAACAUUUAAAUGCCAAAUUAUUAUUACUUAAAGCACAGAAUGAAUACAAAAGAAAUGAAGAGUUGGAAGAAGAUACAGAAAAUAUAGUAACAAAUUUACAUGAAGCAACAGCAAAUUCUCUUAUAAAUAAUGCAGCAAUUAAAUUAUGUCUGCAUUCGUAUGGUAUACAAGCUAUUUUAAGAGGUGAAGAAGGUGAUCAUGAUAUGCAAAAAAAAAUUUAUGCAUGUAUGUGUAAACUUUUUGUUUUGAAUGAUAAUAUUUUGUCUAUAGAAAAAGAAAUAGAUAAUGCAUUAAAAAAGCAAUUGGAAUUAAAAAUUCAAUGUCGAAAUGCAUUAUUUGAAUAUAAAGAUUUUUUAAAGGAACAGGAGGAAUUACGCAACAAAAGAUUAGAAGAAACAAAUCCUCAGCAUGCAAUUAACAAAGAAACAAUAAAUAAAACAAUAGAAAAAAUUAAUAUGAUGAAAAAAUUAAUCGUAAAUUUUAUUGCUGCCUCAAGUCAUAUGUUAAAUGAACCAUUUUAUGUACAAAUGCUAGAAGAUCAUAGAGAAUUAGUUAAUUUUGAAACAAUUUUAAAAAUUUCUCAAAAUUCAGAAAUUACAAAUGAAAACACCUAAAUAUAUAAAAGAAAACAUUAUAAAUGAUAUUCUAUUCUUUAUUACUUUUGUACUUUAACUUGUACUAUGUUUUUAAUGGAACAAUUUUAUGUAAAUUUUAAUAAAAUAUAUUGUGUAAUCUUUUGAAAUAAUAA